AUGAUCUAUAAUCCCACAUCUUCACCCAUUUCCACAUAUUUGAUGGAAGAAAGAAAAGGAGAUGCAAGAAUUGUCAUCAUCUCUGGUUUGAUCUUCCUUUGCAUUAUCUUGGGCGGUUUCCUUCUCUGCCUCUACCUUUUCCUCCCCGAAUCGCAAACUUCUGACUGGUAUCCGACCAUUGGGAUCGUUUUGGUUUCAACUCCCUGGAUCUUUUGGCUUUCAGUUUAUAUCUAUCAUUGCUUGAAACCUACCAAAGUGCUACUCAAUCCCUUUGGCUCUAAUAGUAUUAACUCAUCUAGCAAAAAGACAGAAGCUUCUAAAAAUAAUGAAGAUGAUGUUGGUGAAGAUGAUGUUGGUGACGAUGAAACCCCUGGUGGAGGCAAACGCAAAGUGCAUUUCGGUGCAGUGUUUGUCAUGGAAAAACAGCCAACAUUAGAUAGAAAUUCUAGCCAUUCAAAACAAUCUACUUCUACAUCUCCAAGGGAACCUGAAAUGCCAUUAAGAUUGUCAACCUCGUCGUCUUAG